CAGUAAGGAGUGCUGGGCAGGUAGGCUGGGCUUCAGGAAGGGGGAAGGUGAGCGCACGGAGUUAAAUGGAGUUGUAACUCGGCGCGGUGAACUGGAAUAGCCCGCCCGUCUUUUUGGGGUGUGAUGGAGUUUUUUGACCGCUGCUCAGAGACUGCUGCUCGCCGCAUCUGUUUUUAUUCACUCGUGUUGAGGAAGAACCGCGAACUCUGUGAAGAAGUUUAAUCACGAAUAGACUCGGCAGCGGGUCCUGAACUGUUCGCAGCCUGGUUGCUGUUUGGUUUUUGGGGAAAAACAGUGAACAACCCUGUCUAAUCCUGAUCGCGGUUAAAGAAGAUAACAGCCAUGCCAGACCAGCUGUCAGUGUCUGAGUUUAUGGACAUUACCAAUGAGGACUAUAAAGCUCCCACGACUUCCAUUUUCACCACCCGAAUGAGCCACUGUCGGAGUACAGUGGCCGCUCUGGAGGAGGCUCUUGAUGCAGACCGCAGUGUUCUGAGCAAAAUGAAGAAGUCGGUCAAGGCCAUAAACAGCUCUGGGCUCACUCAUGUAGAGAAUGAGGAGCAGUACAUUCAGGCCCUGGAGAAGUUUGGGGAGGCCUGUGUGUACAGAGAUGACCCAGGUGUGGCUGCAGCCUUCCUUAAGUUUUCUGUCUUCACCAAAGAGCUCACUGCUCUCUUCAAGAACUUACUACAGAACAUGAACAACAUCAUCACCUUUCCUUUAGACAGUCUGCUGAAAGGAGACCUGAAAGGAGUAAAAGGGGAUUUAAAGAAGCCUUUUGAUAAAGCCUGGAAGGACUAUGAAACCAAAGUGAAUAAGAUUGAGAAGGAGAAGCGAGAACACGCCAAGCAGCAUGGGAUGAUCAGAACAGAGAUCAGUGGAGGAGAGAUCGCAGAGGAGAUGGAGAAAGAGAGACGUGUCUUUCAGCUCCAAAUGUGUGAGUAUCUCCUCAAAGUGAACGAAAUCAAAGUUAAGAAGGGGGUCGACUUGGUUCAGAAUCUUAUCAAAUACUUUCACGCUCAGUGCAAUUUCUUUCAAGAUGGCAUAAAAGUUGUGGAAAAUCUCAAACCGGUGAUGGAAAGACUGUCCACAGACUUAACAACAAUUAAACAGGCGCAGGAUGGAGAAAGAAAGCAGUUGAGCCAGCUCAGAGAUGUUCUGAAGUCAUCUUUGCAAACAGAACAGAAAGAGGACUCUCAGGCUAAACAGAACACAGGCUAUAGUCUACACCAGCUGCAGGGCAACAAGGCCUACGGCACAGAGCGCUCUGGGAUGCUCUCCAAGCGCAGUGAAGGGCUGAGGAAGGUAUGGCAGAAAAGGAAGUGCUCUGUGAAGAAUGGAUAUUUGACCAUUUGCCAUGCAACAGCUAACACACCACCAGCCAAACUCAACCUGUUAACCUGCCAAGUGAAAUGCAACCCAGAGGAGAAGAAAAGCUUUGAUCUCAUAUCCCAUGACAGAACUUAUCACUUUCAAGCAGAAGAUGAGACAGAGUGUCAAAUAUGGGUUUCCGUUCUGCAGAACAGUAAGGAGGAGGCCUUGAGCAAUGCCUUUAAGGGGGAUCAGGAUGAGGGAGAGAACAAUAUUGUGCAGGAGCUGACCAAGGCUAUCGUGAGUGAGGUGAAGAGGAUGAGUGGAAACGAUGUUUGCUGUGACUGCGGAGCUCCAAAUCCAACAUGGCUCUCUACAAAUUUGGGUGUUCUGAUCUGCAUUGAAUGCUCUGGCAUCCACCGGGAAAUGGGUGUGCACUACUCCAGAAUACAGUCUCUUACUUUAGAUGUGCUUGGAACAUCAGAACUCUUGCUGGCCAGGAAUGUGGGGAAUGCAGGCUUCAAUGACAUCAUGGAGGCCAAACUUUCAGGAGAGGACAUAUCCAAACCAAACCCCUCAAGUGACAUGCAGAGCCGCAAAGACUUCAUCACAUCUAAAUACAUAGAGAAACGCUUUGCCCAGCGCAGACGUAUGGAUGCACCUGCCAAACUGCGCAGCUUAUACGAGGCUGUGAAGGGCCGGGACAUCUUCUCCCUGCUGCAGGUGUAUGCUGAAGGAGUGGAUCUCACAGAGACUUUAACCAUGACCAAUGAACAUGAACCAGGUGAGACAGCGCUGCACCUGGCAGUGCGAAUGGUGGACAGAAACUCCCUCCACAUUGUAGACUUUCUCGCACAAAACAGUGGGAAUUUAGACAAACAAACAGCAAAGGGAAGCACAGCGCUGCACUAUUGUUGCCUGACAGACAGCAGUGAAUGCCUGAAACUUUUGCUACGGGGGAAAGCCUCUGUCACCACCACUAAUGAAGCUGGAGAGACUCCUUUGGACUUGGCCAGACGACUGAAGCACACACAGUGUGAGGAGCUGCUGAUCCAGGCACAGACAGGCAAGUUCAACGUCCAUGUGCAUGUGGAAUAUGAAUGGUGUCUGCACAAUGAAGACCUGGAUGAGAGCGAUGAUGAAAUGGAGGAUAAGCCUAUCCCUCAGAAGCGUGAGGAACGUCCUGUCAGCUGCUUCGUGCCAGGCAGUGGCCCUAUGCAACCCAACAUGUCCGCCUUAGCGAGGGAUGUGGUCAGCGCUUUUCGGGAAAAGCAGAGGGGUGCAAUUGCCAGCAUGAUGUGUAAUGAAACCUACGGCACUGUGAUGGACCUCAGCCCUCCUCCCUCUAACACGCUCCCCCUGUCCCUCCCACAGCUACCUCCACGAAACCCAGCCCUGGGAUCUGUUGGAUGGAAACCUGUGGAGGCUAUAGGGAGACAGAGAUCCUCCUCAGAUCCCCUCAACCCUACCAGUCCAGAAAACAACACUUCAGAGUAUGUUCUCCCCCCUGCUCCUCCACCUCCUCCAGUAACCAAGAGGCCCAUGGAGCCCAAGAUCCAGACAAAAAACACAUCUCUGCCUCCAGUGCCCCUGGUGCCUAGCAUACCCUCAGCACCACCUCUCAUUCAGAUGCCAUCUGUGCCUUUGGUUCCAUCCAUUCCUGCUCCUACAUUUAUUCCAGUGCCCCCACCUCCCCCAGUGCCCCCUGCACCCCCAUACAGACCCUUAGCAGUACCUGUACCCUUACCACCUAGAGGCCCUGCACUCAAACCACCCACAGGAAUGGACAAAAACAUUGCCAAAACACAACCCAACAGGCCGAGACCCCCUGACGUACCAGAAAAAACUGAAAAAGAUGGACCUCCUCCACCUCCAAAUCCUGCACCCAUAUCUCCCCCAGCCCCACCCCCUGCGCCUAAGCCUAGAGUGAUCCAGACCAAACAGAAGCCAAAGCGAGUGAAAGCCAUCUACAAAUGUAAGGCUGACAAUCCGGAUGAGCUCACCUUUGCUGAGGGAGAAGUGAUUAUAGUGGAUGGAGAAGAGGACAAGGAGUGGUGGGUGGGCCACAUCGAAGGGGAUCCUACCAGAAGAGGGGUCUUCCCGGUUACCUUUGUACACUUCAUCACUGACUGAUGUCAGCUCUAGUCAGUGGACACGGAGACUGGCAUUUUUGAAAGAGAUGCAGAUUAUCUGAUGUUCUCAGGAUUCUGAUAUUUACAAAUUGUUCUGUUUAAAACAUUUACUAGGACAAUUAAGAGAAUAAUGAAAUGUGUAUGUUUCCUUUCAUUGUCCGUCAUCUCACACCAGUGCAAUGUAAUUGUGUCUUAAUGUAUUGAGAUUCUUUAUACCUUAGAUAAUAUGACAAUUGUUUUCUAGAGGCCAAAUAUCAGCUGGAUUCUUAUUCUUGUUUUUAAAGAGCAUUAUGGAGUUUGGUUGCAGAGCAACUAUAUGUGUAUAUUGUAGCUGGAUGAUUUCAAUUUCUUGUUAAAAUACUCUCUCAAAGAUGUUCUUGAAAAAGGUCAUUAAAUAUUUUACAUUGUUUUUUGAA